GUGUGUGCGCGCGCCUCACCACAGCAUCUCUACCGUCUACCAUUUACACACACACUCACACUCACACACACUCAUACACACUCUCACACAGAACGAGCCUCGCGCACAGAGGAAUAAUGGUGUUUCCGAUAUUGUGGCCGGUCGGUUCGGGUCUGUUGUGUUUGAUCUCGCCGCCGCCGAUGCUGUCUCUGCGCGCGCGCCACGCUCUCAGCAGCGACCAGCCCUGACUCUUCAGCCCCUGUAUCUUUAAGCCACGCCAAUUUUCAUCUCUGAUUGGCUGAAUAGACUUGAUCACCUCCCACGUCUACACAACCUGGUGCUAAUCAUACACAUAUUUAUUGGUGAUCUGUAGGAACUCCACCUAUACGUAGCCUGAUGUACGUCUACUGUACCUACUGUACCUACGUGGUUCUACCUUAAAUUGUUGGUAUGAAGUAAACAUGGCCCACUAAUCUAGAGCUUUCUGAACAUGGCCUGGAUGUGCUGUAAUUCAGCCCAGCCCAUCUGCUGCCAUGGUUACCAGCGCAUUCGUUUAUUCCAUCGUUAACGCUAAUUGAUGUUUACAACACAAUGCCUGCUCGCUUCCUGAUGAGCACAGGAACCUAAACCCUCACCUGCUGGAAGCACAGUCCACAAAAACCCAACCUGCACCAGGUUUAUGGUCACUAAUUACGGUUCCUAAUUAAGCGUACGUGGUUUUUGUCGUGGAAACCGCCUGGACUUCACGUCCUGUAAAAGCACAGAAUCAAUAAGCCCACGGCAUCUUCAGUUACGUCAAGAUGAUGUGCGAAGUGAUGCCCACCAUCUCUGAAGAUGGGCGUACAGGGGGCGUGUCAGGAAGUGGAACAGGUGGAGGGACCGAGGGCGGAGGUCUGGAGUGCGUGAUGGUCAGCAUGCUGGCGGAGCGAGAGCGACUACUGGACAGCCUGAGGGAUACCCAGGAGACCCUGAGCACCGCCCAACUCCGCCUACGAGAACUCAGCCACGAGAAGGAGUCGCUCCAGAGACAACUCUCCAUCGCCCUGCCUCAGGAGUUUGCUGUGUUAACCAAGGAGUUGAAUACGUGUCGUGAGCAGCUGCUGGAGAGAGAGGAGGAAAUCGCUGAACUGAAAGCUGAGCGAAAUAACACACGGCUGCUGCUGGAGCAUCUGGAGUGUUUGGUGUCUCGUCAUGAGCGUUCUCUGAGGAUGACGGUGGUGAAGAGGCAGGCCCAGGCCCAGAGCGGAGUCUCCAGCGAGGUGGAGGUCCUGAAGGCCCUCAAAUCACUCUUCGAACAUCACAAAGCCUUGGACGAGAAGGUACGGGAGCGUCUGCGUGUGGCCUUGGAGAGGGUGGCAGUGUUAGAGGAUCAACUAGCAGCAUCUGCUCAAGAGCGACUGUCGAAUGGCGCCGCCCUGCAGGACGAUGGUGAGAGAGAGCGGCAGAGGGCUGAACUCGCUCAGCUGAAGGAGAGACUUGCCAUCAUGUGCCGCCAGGUGGGGGAGAUAGAGGAGCAGUUGGCCACUGCCAGGAGGGAGCUGGCCAAAUCUGAAGAAGCCAAUCAGAAACUCCAGAGGGAAGUAAAAGAGGCUCUGUGUCAGAAGGAGGAUAUGGAGGAGAGGAUCACUACACUGGAGCGCAGGUAUCUGAACGCUCAGAGAGAGGCCACGUCUUUACACGAUGUUAAAGAUAAACUGGAGAAUGAACUCGCCAGUAAAGAGUCUCUGUACAGACAGAGUGAGGAGAAGAACCGGCACCUGCAGGAACGUCUGGAUGAAGCGAAGCAGAAACUGCAGCAGAGAGCAGAAACCCUGCCUGAGAUCGAGGCUCAGCUCGCACAGAGAGUAGCAGCACUCAAUAAGGCUGAGGAACGUCACGGGAACUUUGAGGAAAGGCUGAGGCAGAUGGAGGCCCAGCUGGAGGAGAAGAACCAGGAGCUCCAGAGGGCGAGACAGAGGGAGAAGAUGAAUGAUGAGCAUAAUAAGCGUCUGUCUGAUACGGUGGAUCGGCUGCUGUGUGAAUCUAACGAGAGGCUUCAGCUCCACCUGAAGGAACGGAUGUCUGCUCUGGAGGAGAAGAAUGCCCUGUCUGAAGAACUGGCCAACAUGAGGAAGAUCCAGGAUGAUCUGUUAACUAACAAGGAUCAGCUGAUUGCUGAGCUGGAGAGGAUGCAGUUGGAGCUGGACCAGCUGAAAGGACGACCAAGCUCCUCCCAGUCCACCAGGGCUGGCAGUGCCUCCUCUCUUCCCUCCACGCUGUUCCGCCGCUCUCUACACGGCAGCGCCACCGAGCUCCCGUUCCUGCCAGCAGGGGGCUCCCUCCCCUCCCGCCGCAGGACGCCAGGACGCAAGUACGGCGGCUGGGAUGAAGGCUGCUCUGAUGAUGAGGAGGAUCGGGAGGCCAUGUUUGGAUCAGAGCUCAUAUCUCCUGGAGGACAGACGGACGUUCAGACUCUUGCUAUCAUGCUUCAGGAACAGCUGGAGGCCAUCAACAAGGAGAUCAAGUUAAUUCAGGAGGAGAGAGAGAGUGCGGAUAUGAGGGCGGAGGAGAUAGAGAGCAGGGUGAACAGUGUGGUUCUGGAUGAGACCAUGCUCCCUCCUUCCUCUCUGGGUGGAGGUAGAGAUGGAAGUGGGCGGGGCUUCAUCCCUCCCUCCCUCACUUCUUCCACUCUGGCCUCCCCCUCGCCCCCCAGCUCCGGCCACACCACCCCCCACCUGCCCCCGUCCUCACCUGCCCGAGAUCCGGACGCACAGAACGGUAAAGAGGAUGAAAAGGCGCUCGCCCUCAUAGACUCCUCCUCUGCGACUGUCCCUCGAGCUCUGCGAUUGGACAGAAUGACCCACACACACCCAGGGGCGGGGCUUGAUGACCCGCGGGAUUUCCGCAGUCUCUCCGUGGACUCGGCCGUGUGCAGCAGUACUGAUUCUCUGCAUAAAUCCAGUAAGAGGAAAAGCAUCAAAUCCUCCAUCGGCCGUCUGUUCGGGAAAAAAGAGAAGGGCAGAGGGGGCGGGGCUCCGCGAGACUCCGCCUCACUAGCAUCAACUCCGUCUGAUGAUCUGGCUGCUGAUCCACUCAGCCUCAAACUGGGAACACUGGAGAAAGAGCGCCGCAGUAAAAAGAAGCAUGACCUGCUGGAGGAGGCGUGUCGUCAGGGGCUUCCCUUUGCAUCGUGGGACGGCCCCACCGUGGUCACCUGGCUGGAGCUGUGGGUGGGCAUGCCGGCGUGGUACGUGGCAGCGUGUCGCACUAACGUGAAGAGCGGGGCGGUGAUGGCGAACCUGUCGGAUACGGAGAUCCAGAGAGAGAUCGGGAUCAGUAACCCCCUCCACCGCCUGAAGCUCCGCCUCGCCAUCCAGGAGAUGGUCUCCCUCACCAGCCCCUCAGCCCCCGCCAGCACUCGCUCCUCCACCAGUAAUAUCUGGAUGACCCAUGAGGAGAUGGAGUCUCUGGCAGCAGCUACUAAACCCGAGCAGAAGGAAAUCAGCUGGGAUCAGAUCCUGGCGUAUGGAGAUAUGAAUCACGAGUGGCUGGGUAACGAGUGGCUGCCGAGUCUGGGUCUUCCUCAGUACCGCAGUUACUUCAUGGAGUCUCUGGUGGACGCCCGCAUGCUGGACCAUCUCACCAAGAAGGAGUUGAGGGGACAGCUGAAGAUGGUGGACAGCUUCCACAGGGUGAGUCUGCAUUACGGCAUCAUGUGUCUGAAGCGUUUAAACUACGACCGGAAAGAGCUGGAAAGACGGAGGGAAGAGAGCCAGAACGAAAAUCAAGACGUGAUGGUGUGGUCUAACGAGCGCGUGAUGCUGUGGGUUCAGUCGAUCGGUCUGAAGGAGUUUGCUGAUAAUCUGAGGGAGAGCGGAGUUCACGGCGCUCUGCUGGCUCUCGACGACACUUUCGACUUUACAGAUUUAGCACUUCUACUACAAAUCCCCAACCAGAACACACAGGCCCGGCAGCAGCUGGAGAAGGAGUUCAGUUCCCUCAUCUCUCUCGCCACCGAGAGACGACUGGACGAGGAGGGUGGUAAGACGUUCACUCGUUCUCCUUCGUGGAGGAGAAUGUUCCGGGAGGCUUCAGAUCCCUCAGAAAACCUGCCAGCCAAUAUCAGAGCUUCUGCACUGGCCACGCCCCCUCUCACUCUCCGCAAAGUACAGAGUGAAGUUAGUCCAACCUGCCGAGGAGAGGCGGGCUCAGUGAGGACGUACUCCUGCUGAACUACAUCACCCACAAUGCAAUUCUCCCUUUAAAACCUGAAAGCGGGGAAUAGAACAAGCAAGAUCAUAAAGAAGAAACCAUAAAUACACGUUUAGCCGCAAAAGAAGAGAAAGUGAGACGUAUCGAAACUCUACGCCGAGUCUGAAGACAUACUGAAUAAACUGUGGAUCUGGUUAUAGAUCGUGGAUUCACAUUUUGAGAUGUUAUUGUGAAUUAUGAAAGGUCUUGGCUGAAAACAGUAAAACACAUUUAUAUUUAGGAGGACCAGAAUGCUCAUUAUCCACCUCUCAAACAUGCCAAGUCCAAACCGAGCACUGAACACUGAACUGGAUCUGGAGACGGAGGAGGAAGUGCUGAACUGGUAAUUCAGUAGCUAUCUUGCACACUUUAAGGAGUAUAAAGAAGAUGAACUGGUCUAUUUUACCUGUGGGAAUCUCUGGAUGUUUAACGCUCUUGAAGAAAAUGACGGACGCAUGAUUGAUUAUGAGUUACGACUUCCUGAAGGGUUUGGAGGCUGUUUACUUACCCGAACCCCAACCCCAGGAAUCAGGUCUACACCCAGACUGAGGGAAAACGUCUAGAACUGCAGCUUUAAAGCCAUACGAACUCCAGACGAGCUGAACGGAUCACCAACAGGAGCUAAAGAGAAGGUGAAGAAAAGAGCGACAAAGACGUAAAUCUCUGUGGAAAGGCCUGCAGACGAGUGGUGUGUUACAAUAACCGUGUACAAACUGAUGCAGAAAUGUAUUUCGUGUGUGUGCAAUUGUGUGUUUGCAUUUGUGUAUGCAGAACUGCCUGAGAAACGGUAGGUCUUACCUUAAUCCUGGAUCGGGGCUGAACUCGAACUCCUGCCGAGUCUCAGCCCGUACCUGUCGGUAGGUACAUGAAUGUAAUAGUUAUUUUGUAUGUGAGUGUUAAGCAGCCUGUUCAGCGUCAUCGUUUUCCCCAAUUGUUUACACACUCUGAUUCUGAAGCUCUGGAAGAGUACAGCAUAUCCGCGAGCUUCGGUGGCAUACUUGAAUGAAAGGUAGCACUGUUGAGCACUUAACUUAAACUCAAACAUCUGCACAACUUGCCAUUUGUAGGUUUGUUUAGGGUUGCAAUUGGAAGGCUCUUCUCGGAAGGCCGUACGUGAGCACAGUUUUUUUUGUAUGCCAAACAAUGAGAGUAGAAUCAGAAAUGAAGGAAGAGCGGGAGGUCGCAGGUUCGAACCCCCGCUCAUGCAGCUUUGCCAUCAAGCUGCCGGUGUUUAGAAGGAGCACAAUUGUCUCUGCUCCCUCUGGGGUGGGUAGAUGGCGCUCUUUCCCCAUCGCACUCAAGGUGGCGCUGGGCGGCACGAGGCGUCUGUGAGCGGAUGUAUCGGAACCUAGCCGCUGUGCUUUCCUCCGAGCGCGUUGUGAUGCUGCUCAGGCAGUGAUUCAUCAGCAGCAGCUCGAAAAAAGGGGUGAUUGACUUCACACGUGUCGGAGGAGGCGUGUGCUCGUCUGCAUCCCCCAAAGGUCACGGGCGUCACCGGUGAUGGGGACGCACAAAGGGGUGGGACAAUUGGAUAUCCAAAUUGGGAGAAAAUGGGGAAAAAUCAGAAAAAAAAAACAAAAAAAAAAAAAGAAAUGAAGGAAGAGGAGAAGAAGAAGAAGAAGAAGAUCAGGAUCAGAUUGUGGUCAGUGAUGGACUGGAGAACAAACCCUAGUCAGGUAGAUUGGCUGCACAGUCUUCAGGUAGUUGGUAGAUUCAGUCUGGGCCAUAUUGCAGAGCAUUCGGAAAAGUAAAGCCAGGUGGAAACCGUGUGAUUUUAGCCUGAUUUUAAGCCCAAUCUGGUAGUAUGUAACUUAAUUUUUAGCUACAUCAUGCCUUGAUUGUCGUGCAGUGUGAGAGGGGAGGCACUGUCUGAUUAACUGUCCAAACCAAGCUGCGGAUGAGCAGUCAGACACGAUAAGGGAUUUCUGAUAUGCUAGAAAUUUUAGUCGCUUGUCUCACAGUGUGAGCGAAUUCUUCAAAAGUGAUUUCUUAACGUCACGACCUGUUUUCCCAAAUUUUACUGCAAAUAUACCCAUUAAAAUGCCUUUCUUUUGAAGUGACCUCAAAUGAUACAGUGCACAGCAGGUCACGAAAACCCUUCAUGUCAUCCAACUACGUGUAAUAUAAAAGAGGAAAACCAGUACUGUAGAUUGCAUAGACCAGGGGUCGGCAAUUAAGUUUAGCUGCGGGCCCGAUAUUUUCCAAGCCAAAAACACACCGCUCCUCACGCGGGAUCCAAUGUUAUUGGUGAAUUGGGACACGACUGGGAAAAAACAACCUUAUAAGGAAAUAGAGAGCCCAAGAACGGGCAGAACGAGCAAAAGAUUUCUGGAGACUUUUAAGAAUCAAAAUCCUUCCAGAAACCACAGAGGAGCUAAACAUUUCCAGAACUGUUAAACCCUGUAGGAACUAAAGAACUGUAGAACCAUUUGAGGAACUGAAAUGUUCAAAUAUUAUUCAGCAAGCAACUAAAGAACCUCAACACAGCAAACAUGGAGAAAACUCAAGAUUUAUCUUCUUUUUUUUUUGCUGCUUCAUCCAUUUUCUGUUUUAAAGACAAACUUUUGAAUCCAGGCCAAAUACCUAAAGUGUUAAAUCUAUGGAAAUGUUAGUCCACAUUUCUAUUUUAAUAAUAGAUUUUAACUUCAUAGUGGUGAGAAGUUUCUGUGAAAAACAGUAAGCUUCACCUGAUCUACAGACAAGAACUUACCAUGCAGAAGAAAAUAACAGGGUUCCUGGGUUUCCUGAACCUAUGGAUCGAUGGUUCUUCUGGUGGAUAUGAGCCUAAAAGCCUCUAAAAGCUUUUUCUUUUCUGGAUGCAUGUCUACAUGAUUUUUAAAAGGUUCUCCCAGUGCAUCCGUUCCUACAAGAUCUGAAAAUGUGCAUCAGGUGGACACACAGCCAAAAGUUGUGAUGGUUGUAAAGGUAAUGGUUUUUCUAAUGGUUGUGUAUCUCUAGUUGGCCUGUAACGCUCCAAUUGGUUUGGUGAAUACAUGCCUUAAAAUGACCGAAAUUACCUAAAAAAAAAAAAAGGUUGAACAGGCUCCUCUGUAAAGUUGCCCAUAAUGUUUUGUGAUAAAGCAGAUCUUUCAGUUUAUUUCAGGGCAUUAAUUUCUCAGUAACAAGAUAGAAACGAUUAAAGAUGACAAACAAAUUAUAAAAUGCAUAAAAUAAAACUAUAAUAUUAUUUUAUAGUACAAUAAUAUAAUAACUGACUCAUGGUAGGAGUAGACUUUUACAGUCUGCACAGUUUUUGUUGUUCAGUUAAUCAAACAAAAUGUAUAUGUAUUAAAUAUACAUAUAUGAGCAUGUUUACAGUACUUUUAUGUACAUACGUUUUUUUAACUCAGCAGGCAAAGAAUAAAACCUUUGAGAUUUUUUUUCUUAGCCUUUAACCUGAAUUAGGGCUUUAUCUGGGGGCUGGACUGUGUGAAGUUGCGUUGAGUUGUGUUUUUUUGUGGUUUUGUGCCUGAAAGAAAACUAGUUCUGAGCUGCAGGUUCAGAAACUGUGUGAACAAUUGGGAAGAACGUAUUUAGAAUAAUUUUAUUUUGAUUAUAACGAAGGACAUUUGAUGUAGCGUGUGCAUAUUUUGAACUACUCGAAUAAUAGUCUUCUCUGAUAUGUAUAGGUGAAAACUGGCAUUAGUGGCUGUGAUGAAAAUGAGGGGGGUAAACUCCUGUAAGCUUUUUAUUUUCGGUGUUCUUACUGUACAUUCAAGUUUUGUGUGUGUAGGUUUGUGUGUGUGACAAAAGGACUAUUAGAUAAACCACAUCCUCCAAACAUUUAAUACAGUCUCCCAACCGGACUGAUCUUUUACAGCUGAAUGCUUGAAACCCUUAAAUAUAAAACAUUUCACUUACUACAAACCCUGGUACAAUACUGUAUAUUUUGUAAUAAUUCAAAAGGAAUACUUAUUGUGCUUAAUUAUAUGUAGUAUUGUGAAUCAGCAGAGCAAAGUAGCCUCUAUCAAGCUUGUCUUUGAAAUGUCAUUGUAAAAAAAUAUCAUAAAAAUGAAGAAAAACUGUCUGUAUUCUGAAACUCACAAAUUCAAACUUGGAUAAAACAAGUAAAGAAGUGAGAAUAAGAGCAAUGAUGA